CUAAAACAUGAUUUUUUUUUAACGGAAAGAGUACUUACUAACUGUUUAUAUAAUCACAAUUUAACCAACAGAAAAAUACAUCAAAAGUCAAUAAAAUUUACACUAAAAGUCGAAAACAUCAUCCAAGUUGAAAUAAAAAAAUCUCUAAAAUAUCGUAUACAAUUAAACAAGGGAGGGAGUAUUAAACAAAGAGACAUUAAAUCAUCGCUAUGUGAUUCGUGUUACCUUAUAGUAAGUGAGACUAUAUGCAUAUUUCAAGAUUUGCAAAAAAUACAUUUCCAAAACCAUAAACACUCACUUGAAUUGACUGUUCCAAAGAUGGAAAAAGUUCAUGUACCAUUGACCAAGAACCAGAACACAUAUUUUGUAUUUUCGAUUACAUAUUUCAAGAAUGGAAACAAUAUAAUUCUUUUCUUGACCAGAGACGAGAAGGAAUAGAAUAAAUAUAUCCCAUGUCAAAGCAUUACAAGGAAACUAUAUCACAAAAACUCAAGAAGUGUAUAUAUAUAUAUAUAUAAAUAGGUGAUUAGUUCUCUCUUUCUUUUCCACCCUUCCUCAUUCUCCACUGAUCUUGAAACACCACUGAUACACAAAUGGAUCUGAUCUUCGAGACUCAGAGAGCUUCAUCAUUCUCCAUUGAAGUGGGUUACUUCGACACGGUUCUAGAGAUCAAAGGGAAGAUCGAGAAGUAUCAACGUAUCCCUGUCCCCACACAAACCCUUGUCUUCCAAGGCAGAGUUCUUCAAGACGAUCACAAUAUCGAGCAAUGUAAUCUCUUCAACAACUCUCGCCUCCAUCUCUCCAUCUCUUCUCCUGUUAACAACGACCAAAACCGCAUCAAGCAAGAGCUCAAACCCGAGCCGCCAAACUCAACAGAACAAGAGAUCAUCGACAACUGUCAUCAAGAUUCCAGCAACAACAAGAAAAAGAAAGCGAGGGUGGUCACAAUGGUGGUGCUGAAAUGGGGGACCAAGAAGAUUCCAGUGGAGGUGAACGUAGAUGAUAACGUUGGAGUGCUGAGGAAAGAGCUGGCCAAGGUUCAACAGAGGUUUGAGUUAAACCAGCCUCAACUUCAAGAAGGCUAUUUCUUUGUAUACAAGAAGAAUGUAAUGGAUGAUGACCGGUCAUUCCGGUGGCACCGUGUUGAACUUGGUGAUGUAAUUGAGCUAUCCGAUGGAAGUGUUUCCGGUGGCUCUUAAUGGUUCCGAUGUAAUCUUUUUUUUUUGGUGUAAACAAUGUUAACAUCAGAUUUAU